GGUGGGGGGAUACCUGUGACUGUAAAUAUUUUAAAUGUUUUUUUGUUUUUUUUUUAAUUUGUAUUUUAUAUGUAAAAACAGUUGCAAAACUAGAUUGAAAAAUAGAACCAGCUCAAAUAAAGUCUGAUCCAGACAGCCUGCUGUCCUUUAUUACCCGUGAGAUUACUUUAUCCAAACUUUCCUCAAUAGGCUGUGGUGGUAAUUAAAGACUCAAAAGAACAUAUUUUAAAUCACUUGGAAAGGGAGUCAAGCCAGAUCAUUGUCUCUCAUGUGCAGGUCUCGCCUGGUCCACAGGGCACGGUGUUUUGUGUCAUUUACAGCACAUUGUGUGUAGGCUGUGUCUUCUCAGAAUAGGUGUAAUCCUGCAUGAGGUGACAUCUCUUAUAACAAUAAAAAUGCUGACUCCUCCGUACCAGCAAAAGAGUUCAAACACAUGACACGCAGCUCAGUCCCAACCAGCAGGACUCGUUUCAUGAGUGUUUUGUGAACAGAAGAUUUGAAUAGUGUCUGCACCUCAAAUAAGUAGCGUUUCUGUAUCAAUAAUAUGUUUAUAUGUACUUGCUGCCUAGCACAGAGUAUUUCACAUCAGAGCAUUCUUUAUGAUUUGAGAUAGAUGGAGAAUAAAACCUAGAGAAGUGCUUUGGUUAAGAAUACAUUGUUUGCUAAGGAAUUAUGUUGCAGUUCUGGAAUCUGGUGUCAAUUGUACCAGCUGUUCCAUUCUGAAAUCCCCACGACAACAGAACAGUGCAGCUGCUGAGGUAAGCCUUUGCUAAAGAAGAUUGAGAAUUUCAGCUUUAGAGACAGUGGCAGGGAUUUAAUCUGCACUGAAAGGGUUUAUAUUUAACUCAGCAUUUCCUGCGACUGCAAAACAAGUUUUGGGGAAGUUACUUUGAAGGACAGCUUACAAAGUCUAAAUGAUUGGAAUCGUGAAAAUGGCACAUCUUGAUUAGAGACCUUAGAAGAGUUUUGCACGAGAGCUACUGGUCUGCUUUGUAUGCAGGAUGUAUUUUACCAAAGUGAACGCAGGAUCCUUGUACGAAGGCGACUCUAAGCUGUUGCUUCAGGAUGCGAUUGAAUUCUCCACCCAGACACUGCCAAAAGAUAGCGCUUUUGACAGCUUUUACUUUGAAAAUGAGUGCACUCUACAGGCAUAACUGAAAACCUGAGCGAGCAGCUGCAGUUCUAGUCCGAUCAGUGUAAACUGUUCAGCGUGGGGUGCAGUAUUGUAUCUAGUUAAACAGUAACCAAGUCAAUAUACCUACACAGGAGUUGUGACUAAUCCACUACCCUAAUUGACCACAGAGUGGUGCAAGACUCAUGACCACAUGAGUGGUGCAGUGAGCUGCAGGAGUUUGUUUUCCUGGCUGUGUUUGGCAUGGCUGGUCUUGGCUGCCUGGCUUUUCGGUUCUGCAGCGUUGAGACCGAUGACCACGCCGACUUUCCCCCCAGAACUGGCCUCCAUGACCGCGUUCAUGGUGGUCAACAGCUCCCAGUGCAGCACCACCUGCGGCAUAGGGCUGAGGACGGAGACGCUGUGCCUCCUCACGGCCAACGCCAGACACGAGGGGUGCCGGAAGCAGAAGGUGGAGUGCAUGGAGAACUGGGUCUGCGGCAUGAAGACCCUCACCGUCACGGUGGGGAGAGGGCAGACGUUGAACUGCCUGAGCGAGGUGAUGGAGGAGAUCGGCAGGUACAAGUUUCUCUUCAGCUGGAGGUACGCGAGGGGGAUCGUCACCACGGACGACGCCUACUUCAAGCGCUACUUGACCAAGGCGGUGGACAAGCUGGUUCUCGACCCCGUCUUGGAGACGGAUGCCGGGACGUACCGCUGCGACGUGCAGGACACCUCCUACAAGAUGAUCAAGAGGGCCUACUUUGGGCUCAAGGUUCUGCCCCCAGCCAUGGUGCACCUGGAAUACGCCAAGGCCCUCUCCUCCUUGCAGUGGCAGCAAGUAAAAAAGGUCGGGGGCACCAGUCCGCCGGCCGUCUCCACCGAGAAGACCACCCCCGCCCCAACUUUGAAGGACGUCAAAAUGAAGAUCGGCAUCUACAGCUUAGCCAGCGCGAGCGGUGCAGCGGCCCUCAUAUUCCUGGUGCUCUGUCUCAUCUACAGGGAGCCCAAAGCCAAGCCAGAUCCCUACUGA